GAAUCAUCCAACUGACGACCAGCAGAUAAAAUGUCAGCUAUGUUGAAAAAGAUGGCUCUCGCAUCCAACGUCUGAAAUUGUUGAGGCCGAUUGACCACCUCAGAUGCCCGGAGAAACCUAGUUCAUCCACUAUUCCCCGGUGAGGGCGACCAUACUUAUAUUGCAAGCGAAACUUCUUGUGCAGCAGCUAUCAUGGGUAGUAGCAGAGGUGCUCUAAUUCGACUCUGCUGCUGCAGCGCGAGGCUCUUUGCUCUUGCCUCAUGGCCGGCCGUGGAAGGGCUCCGAUUGGGAAAGCUCGGCAGAGCAGCGCCACCGCAAAGCUACCUGCCCAGUCCUCGUUCCACAGCGCCGUCCUCGUCAGCGGACCAGCGCUCCUCACAAUGUUGUUUCAUCCCACAAAGCCGAUCCCCGUACAUGCGUGCGAUUCUCGAAAGAGCGAAUGGUGCGACGAUUCCGGCAAGCUCAACAGACGAGGAUUUUACAGAAGUUCUUACUGCUGGUGAGCAACAAGCUUGUGCGACGGAACCACACGAAACUUUUCCAGAUCUGCAAAAUAUAAUUGACGAGCUGCAGCAGCAGCACGAGCACCAGCUUCCUGACUGGGGAGCCACUUGGCCCAGAAUAGCAGGCGCAAGCGAUUCUGCCAGUUCUGCAGCAACGCCUACUGGUGGUACCGCAGUCGCAGCGGCGGCAGAUCGACCUCCUUCCAGUACAGCAGGAUCGACUUCCUGCCCUUCGACGUUGUUUCUUGGCCCACAGAAUGCAGUGUCGCUAUCGGUUCCGAUGUCCCGCAGCUCGACCUCUUCUUCCCCCCGACGAGCUUCCACGCCUCACCCAUCGGCCGGCCGAGGCUCGUGCGAAGGUGCAACGACCCUCACCACCGGCGUUUGCGCCGGAGCGAGCGCUCCUGGUGUCGUCGCACCGGCAGCUUCUGCGUCUGUAAAUAGAACAUCGCCUCGCACAACGCUUCAAUCAGCUGCAGCCCGCGUCUUGGCGCAGACUCGGACUGUGAAUAACCUCGUUGGUGGCGGGAAAACUACAGGCGCUUCUAGCAGAGGCUACUUCCGCGCAAAGAUGAAUAGUGGGGCGUCAUCAUCUGCUAGCCGUGGUUGUAGUACUUCAGGGACGUCGUCCACGUCGCACAUGGACAACAUGCAGCAAGUUCGUCCUCCUCCUCCUCCAGCUCACCAGCAACAUCCGGAGCAGUGUUAUACCGCGGACCUGCCAGCACCACCCACGAGUCGGGACAUCAUUAGUGCGGCCAGGUGUCCUGCCGUGCAAUAUCAUACUCUCGUGCCGCAACCCCCGUCGGCGCGUGGAGGUAGUAGUUCUUUACUGGGCCGACCUCAACAUGCAACAUCAGCCAACGGCAACGGCUACGAAGAAGUAGACGGUAGUGCCACUUAUCGACACGGUGACGCGCGAGCACCUGGCCUAGGGAGGACACUUCUGGAGGCCGCGAAUCCGCAAGACGGGGGUGAGCAUCAUGAGGAACGACCGUUUUUUGCGCCACGUCCUGCUCAAAUUUCCCCCCUUCAUCUUUCUCCCCACCGCCACAUUAACCAUUCUGAAGACCAAGAAGGCGGCCGUGGCUCUAGUACAACCAUGCCCCUCGUCGUCUCACCAGGAGAAGCACACACCCACGAGGACACCGUCAACGGCGCCACAGUUUCUGCCACAACCAGCAGCCCGCCUGUCGCCAUGCGCAUCCCGCGAAUUCUGAUCCUUACAGAGGACGAGCAACAGGACCCCGCUUCACCUCGAAGCUUUAGCAGAAGUGCGCGGCAGUGGCCGCGGGCAGGUUACUCGACCGAAAUGAAUGCAGGUCAUCCACCGACGACACAUAGUGGUGCAGCAGCAUCUUGUUCUUCUUAUGGAGGAGCAGCUUCGUCUGCAGCCAGUAGAGCAGCAGCUGCGGUGGUUCUUGGCGCAGCCUCAUCUUCAUCAACAGCCACACCUCGUCCUGAUGCUCAAAAAACGAGUCCUGAUCCUUUUGAAGCCGUGCCCGCCAGAAGUUCGCAGUCAGUAGCAGUCUCGACCGGUUAUACCGACUGCGGCGCCGGCGCCCCGCACCCGCACGAAGGCCACCGGCAGCGAAGUGGGUCGCUUUUGAGCCCUGGCAGGGUCGUGCCCCCGAAGCACGAUGCGCCGCCAGAAGACCUCCAGGGGACCGCGAGACUACGGGUAGAAGAAACAGCUCCGUCCCUGCUUCCAGAGGUGGUUGUAUUUCCACCGGAGGUGAAUGCGUUUUAUUCCAUCGCGAAGAAACGCCUGGUGGCACAAGAACAGCUCGAGGCGAAAAGGCAACUUGCUGCUAGCAGGACGGCACGGAAUUUAGACGCCGGAGCGAGCAGCGGGGCACCGUCGGCCGACAAUUCGCCACGGUUGCCUGUGCCGGACGCUCCGCGCGGAGUCGCAUCCUCGCAGCAGCCUCGGGCGGUACGGUUACACGAUAGUAGUACAAUUACGACCCCAGUCGAUGUACAAAUACGUGCCCCCGCUAUACUACAUCGGGACGACGAUGCCGAAUACGGCAGUGCUGCGAUGGCUCUACCGCCCGCGCGUCGAGCCGCGCGAGACCAGCAGCAGUGUGUCUGGUCAUCGCGAGCGCGGGGGCAAGAGGAAUCCCUUGAAACUGCUGAUGUAAAAAUUCGCCACGACGAAAGCAUUUCGAUUUCCCACGCAGAACAUCAAAAAACUGGGAGUAUGGACUGCUUGGCGAUAGCGCAAGAAGCAGAGGAGCCCCUGUCCCCUGGUGUCGCCUCGUCCUUGUCGCCUGCAAGAGUUCGAAGCCCGCCCAUUGGCCACUUGGAUGCGACCUGGUUGAUGACGACGCUGCAAGACGUCGAGAACGGCAUCCCCAUCGUCCCCGAGGCCGACAUUCUGCGUCAGGCGGAGUCGCAGCUUCUGAACCGACGUAGGCGCCGGACAUCGCUGGAGCAAGCUGGUGGGCGACUGUCAUGAGGAAAUGUAUAUACUAAUCCAAUUUCUGCAAUUUCUGCUUGAUGUUUGUCAGUUUGUGUGAUAUUGUCGGGUGAAGAUCUUUCCCUCGUGGUAUUUCGCCUCAUGGGCUCCAGACGCGUUUGCGUUGCAAGAAUAGCACUAGCGCAUUGUUCAAUUAGACUCUCAUCCACCUCCAUGUCUGAUCGUAUGAGAUUCAGGUUAAUGAAUGAAUUACGGAGCUUCUCGUGCUCCAUUUUUACGACAUAUGUUGGGAGAAACAAGAAUACAGAAACGGACGAAAAAAAUUGCACAAAAUUUCUUCAUCGGAUAUCACUCUUACAACACUCUGUCGUGCUUUCUUAUUUUUUGCCCCGGAAUGGGAGGGGUAGCGAAGUGGAUCUCUGCAGACACUUUCGCAUCUUGUACUAAAAUCGAAGCUGAUAGUGAAGACCAUGUCGAUUGUACUGCUUUCUUCAAGUAGUCUGUGUCGGAAAAAUGAGACCCGGCUUGUGCCUGAAUGAUGUGGUGUGAGCAAUGCAAAGGCCACCAGUUGUGUUGUGGACACAUUUUACAGGUCA